GUUACCAUGGUUACCAAGGGCAUCUAAACACAACAGGAACCGACCAGCGACACAGCUUCUUUCACUGAGGUGCUACUUUGGUCUAAAGACCUAAAUUGAAAUAAUUUGGCCAGAUCUGUAACGUUAGAGGCUUAUUAGAAACUGAGAAAAUGUACAAAGCAGAUUUGCCUGUGGACCAGUCCAUAGAAAAGGCAGUGGAGAGGCGGAGGUCUGCAGAAACAGCACGUAAAGCUCGGAUCUAUAAUACCCGGCUUCGUGUGCUAGGCCUCGACCUUGAUGCUCUCAAUAAACAGGUCCAGGAGAAAAAACAUCAGCAAAACACGGAGCUGCAAUGGGAAAAAGCUUUUGAUAAGCUCAGAGAGCAUCAUGAUGAAAUCCUGCUGCAGCAAGACAUUGAUGAAAGAGAGAAGCGAGCAGCUUUGCACACUGACCUGACCCAGUAUUGGGCCACUCAACAGCGUGUAGAGGACUCACGCGAUGCUGAUCUCAAGUACGGCCUGAAGGGGGCAUUCAGGUUCACCAUUCCAGAGGGUGAGCUGGGCUCUGCCAGUAUGACAAUCUUCCAGGGAGAGGACACUGGAGAGGAACAGAGUAGGAGAGAACAAAUGAAAAAGACAGACAGAGAUCUGCAAGCACAGAAGGAAGACAAUGAGAGGAGGCGCAUGAGAGACAAGCUCAGAGAGAGUCUCAUGAGCAAAGAGCUCGUGCAUCAGGACCUUAAGGGGGUUCAGCUACAUGCACUAGAGGAGGAGUGUCGGAAAGCUACACGCAUGGCACUCGACAACUACAAUCGAGCUCUGGCUGCAGAGCGGGCAGAGAAACUGAAGGAGCAGCAAAGGAGAGAAGAAAGGGAGAAUCUUGAAGAUAUGCUGCACACGGCGACAUCCGACAUGAUGACAGAGUGUGCAGAGGCAGCGGAGAGAGAGGUGGAAAGGGGGAGGCCAACACGGGUUCUGAUAGACAGAUGGAAGGGGAUGAGCGCUGAGCAGCUGAGCGCCAUCCAAAGGGAGAGAGAAGAACAGCGUUUUGAGAGACAGAGGCAACGUGAUGCUGAGAAGAUUCGGGACACAGCUCAGGAACUCCAGCUCCUGAAGCUGUCCAGAGAAGCAGAGGAGGAGGAGAGGAGAGCAGAAAAGCUGAGGAGAGAGAAGAGGAUUCAGACAGAUCAUUUCAACAUGCAGCUGGCCAGAGAGCAGCAGGCACAUCAGGAGUACCUAAACAAGAAGCUGUACACCAACAAACCCACCAAGGACUACUUCUAUCAAUUCAACACCGGCUCCCGCUGACAACCACACAAUGUACACAGGCUGUGACAAUGUGCAAAUUAAAUCUAUUGAUUGUUAUACUCACACUCGCUGUGAAUCGAAUCGUGAUUGAUCAAUACUUGCUGCUUAUUCUGAAGAGACACAUAUGCAUUGAUUUUAUUGGCAGAUACUGAUGACAAAGAAGGGACCCUUGUUU